GAGCUCAGGCAGAGGGAGCGAGGAGGACACACACUACAGAGGAGCGAGGCGUCGAGAACAGAGGAGAGGAAGGGCGGAAAAGAUGCGGCCGAAAGACCCACCAAAACGACUAAAAAUGCCCAAAAAGACGACAGAAGACCGGGCAGAUGACGGCGGGUAGCCACGGCCUGAGACAUGGGGAUUCCCUUGAAGUUUAGCAAAUGUCCGUCAACGCAGAAAAGGGAUCAUCUGAUCCGAGCUAAAUGGGGGUUGACAUUUAACCAUCACUGAGCUGUGACUCGAAGGAUGCGGGAGAUUCGCACUGCAACAGAGAUUUGUAAGUAUAUGUUUUAAAAUAGAUUAAAUGUGCUCAGUAAAUUCCUUGCAUGUUAUCUGUGCAUUCAGCUCUUCAAAUUUGUCGAAUCAAAUUGACGUUUUUUUUUUUACUGACUUUAUUUAACCCAUACAUAACCAAAUAAACAGAGUGAAUAGUGUAUAUUUUCACUUAUGUGUAUGUCAUUAUUUAAAAAUACAGCUUAACACUACGUGUUAUUUUGUUUUUGUAUUAUCACGGUUUCUUUUGACUAAAAGUAAUUUCUGCCCCCUAGUGUAUAAUGUGGCAAGUAUUCACAUAUUAAUAAAAAAUGUGUAAGUGAUUAAGAACCGUACCGUGAGAGAGACAUUUACGUAGUUGGUUUAAAAUAAUUAUGUAAAUUAAUCUAAUGACGUGUACAAUACUUUGACACUUGGGGUUUUGGCAUAUCAUUAAAAAAGUUUGACGUUAAGCACACUUCUGAAACGUGAUAAAAAUCAUAGGAUGCAUCCAGUUCUGAUUCCUUUGUGUAUUUUUUUGUAGUAAACAUUCAGUUAUUUAAAAAUAACAUUCAGAUAUGUACAAUGUUAAUGAUGGUCUUUCGACUAGCUAGCUAACCGUAAAAUCUUUCUAUUCUUUUUAUCAUAACUGAAAAUCAUCACAUUGUGCUCAUCAAUCAUAGUUAAAACCAUGACAUUUUCAAACAGCACGCGGUUUCUGCACCCAAAGGUCGAUCACUUGCUCGGCGAGUGGGCCCACGCUUUGCUCAAGGCAGCGAAAUGCCGCUGAGGUGUAGCGCAAGCCAUUGGAAACGUUGGGUUUUAGAGCGCGUUGUUUGCGAAAAGGCCAUUAACUGUGACUCCUCGGCGAGAAGUAAACUCGAUGCGUCCGAUCGCCAGUGUGACGAUACUUGACAUGCGGCCUUUGACCCGGAAUCAUUCGUCGUUUUUAGAGUUUUACUCCAAUUAAAGAAUUGUACUAAGACACCUAGUAUAAGUCGGCCUUUGGAUGCUAAACAUCGCUCAUGGUGCCACAUCUGUCAAUAGUUUGACAACCUGUGCAAACUAUCCCAAUUCGAUUACAUUAACAUUUUUUGAUGACAUGUAGUAAGUUAGCAAACUGGUGGCAUUUUGCCAAAGUAAUCGUAGAAGAAUGAUUUGCUAAUUUGGCAGUUGCACUCUAAAAGGGCUAUUUUAAUUGUGACCCACAGCCGGCAUCAUGACAACAGCCACAUUAGUUAUUUUAAUAUCCAUCUGUCCAAAAUGCGUUUAAUAAUAGGGGACAUGGGGUGCAUUUAUCUGCGUUGUUCAUUAUUUCCUCGUGCCAGUGCUUUUGAUGUGACACCUGGACACCAUUCUCAGACAACGCCUUCAUUUCAUCCAAAUGAAAAUCACAACCUCGUUAAUCACAACCUCGUUUGCAGCUGCAAUGAUAUUUGCUUCCAAAGGAACAGCGUUGCAAAAAACGUUUCUACUUAAAUAUGAACGUGAGAAAUGUCUUAACACAUUCUGAUCAGUAUGUACAGCAAAAGAUUUACACUGAUUCACAGUCCAUUCAAUCUUCUCUGAAGAUGAAAAACUAAAUAUUUUUCUAUGCACGUUCCCAAACAAAACAACAAUAGAAAGCUGCUCCGAGUCUAGAAAACUAAAUUAUUUGGCUGCCCUCUUCAAAUUUAUAUUUUCAUUCGUUUUCUUUUUCCAAUGUUUUAGAAGGAGCUGUAGAAACUGUCAGGAGUCCUUACAACACAAGACUUUCCCCAAAAAGAACAUAAACGCAAAACCAUACAGCUAGCAAUAUGAUUUUCUUAAUUUGAGAAAAUGUAUUUGGUAGAUUUGAGAAUAAACAAAAAACGGUUUUCAUUUUGCAAUCAUGUGACCGCUCUGAGAUGAGUUUCCCAAGAGCAGAUAACUGCACCACACAGCACAAGAACAGCCAACCCCACCGAGAGACACGUUGGGUUCACGGCUGCAUUUCGUUAAAUCUGCUUCACUGACUUAAGUCAUACUGGCAUCGCUUCUUCUGUUGUGAGAAAGAUUCGAUUUUUAAAAAAAAAAACCUCACAAUGUUGGUGUAACCCGCACAACAAUAGGCUUACAAUAAGUCUUUUUAGCAACAGUCAUCUAGAAUGUUGCAGUAUUGAAGGUUUCAAUAAAGUCAAAGACUUUGGUUUCUGUUUAAAAAAGAACAAUGUUUUUUUUAAAAUCAAUUUCUAGCAAAAACAUUUGCUGUAUGGAACAUCAGAUAUUGAUCUAUAGUUAUUGCGGUGUUUUGAGAUGAACUCAUUCCUCACAUUCAAAUGGUUGUAUGCUGGAAAACUUUGGUUUUGGCCGUCAUCUUUAGUCGGUUGCGAAGAACAUUUAUAAUCCGAAGACCUGAGCGCCAAUCACGUUGCGUGGUCCACAGAGUGGCUCUAUCUGUGUGUUGAUGUGGGUUAAUAUGGGUAUCAUUAAUCGUUUCUUAUCUUUUCCACAGCGGAUACCUGAAGACAUGGUGUGAAGAUUUUCGAAUUUCGAAGAAAAAGAAGACAGCUCUGUAAGUUUUCUUUGUUUGAAUUAAGUAUUUAUUAACUGAGCUCAUUAAUAUAAUGAAUAGAAAAUUUGACUCUCGGGGAAAUGUUACCGAUAUCCCAUUCAGAUAGGUUGAGUACAACACACUGUACCCAUCAUUUAUCUUGAUUAUUUAUUGCUACUAUUCACUUUUAGUUCUAAAAGCUAGCAAAAGACUUAAGAUGUCAGCAGGUAGAGUAACAGUCAUUUUGUAAAUGUAACUUUAUGGUAGUACAUGCGUAACAAUUUUCAUUAUGUGGCUACUUCCAUUAUUAAUAAUAAUGUACGCUAUUUUUACUGUGGCUUUAUGUGGACAUUGACUGCAUUGCCUCCUGUUGGUACUUUACAGAAAGCCCACCUUUCUCCAGGAGUUUCUAUAUCAUCUGUCUUUGCUAAGAUCUCUGAAAGGUUAUUGGCCUUAAAGUUAAAAGGAUAAAACAUGGCCGAUGCUGUGUAACAACUUUGUCUUAAUGCUGUAUUUCAACACCUAUAGCUACAAGGGUAUUUAUUUUUCUGAUUUUGAGCAGAUGUGUGAAAUUGCUGUUUUGAAGGGUUGCUUUUAUUGGAUGCGAUAAUGUUGGUCGAUCAUGAAUUAGCUUUGAUGACUUUGGUAAAUAUUUUUUCAUUUACGGCUAUAUGGAUACUAAUUAGCAUACAGCGUUGUUUCCUCACAUGCCAGUGUUUUGAUCGUAAUUUAUUUGAACAUUACUGUUGUUGCAGAAUUAUGCAAAUUGCAUGUUGUGAAUUAGGCUAUCUCUCGACUCGGCACACCCCUGUUGGUCAGUUGAUGAAUUUAUUUGAAAAUUGUUGUCGCAUUUACUCAACUCGGACUUCAUUCUGCGGAUUUCUUUGAAUCCACCAAACUGUCAAUCCAGAGCCUUACAACAGUUUGACAGAUCUUCCAUUACCCGUACGGCUUGUUUCUCACUGUGCAACCUCGUAACAAGAAUUCCUAUAUGCGACAUCCUGCCAACAUGUUCGAUACGUUGUCGAUGUGAUGACAUUUAAGAGAAUAGCAAUUUAGUUUCAAAAGAAUUAACUGCACUUGGUCAAACUCAUUUUUCAGAAUGACAUGUGCACAUUCUUAAUGUUAGCCAACGCAUGUGAAAUCUAGCCAUGAAUGUUAAUGAGCGUAUUAGUUUAGCGAGCCUUGUUUAACUGCUGGACAGUGAAUCAUUGCUGGUUUCAGUUGCACUGUGGCCUCACAUUGUUUCCUUCUUGUUUUUGUCCUAUCAAGACGUCAACUGGAUAUUGCUGAAGUGGAGACAGCGUUGUUUAACGUGAAGAUGGAAAAGUGAUUUGGCAGUUAGCCAAAAUUUGACACGAUGAAACCUUUUUUUUUUUUGGACUGGACUUUGACGUUUGGAUUUUUAUUUUUUACGACAACAUGGACACUGUUGCUGGCUGCAUAGCGGACUUUGAAAAAUUACACUGUUAUUUUUGGGAAACGCAAAAUCCGCCUUUGUACAUUUGAUUUUCAAAUGUUGUUUUUAAAUAAAGUGUAUUUCCUCAUAUUUUUUUUCCUGGCUUUGUUUCACUAACUAAUUAUACAGAAAAUCACAAUAGGACAUUGAGCGUAAUAUUUGGCUAACGUUGAAGUCCUUUAGCUUGGCUCUUGGUUUUAAUAUUUCCGCUAAUCCGUACAACAAAUUAAUUUGGUUAGCACUAUCAAUGUUUGCUAAUUCAUAGAUUAGCAUUAGCUUCGUCCUGGGUUGAUGAGUCUCCUGAAGUAAUGCUCUCUUAUUCGAGCGUUGUUCUACGAAGAAACAUUAUCACUCGAUUAUUGAGAUAAAGGGAAAGUGCUUGAAAAUGAGUCUGUUCCAAUCAGUCCCAACGGAAAGUCUUCGCUUAAUCCAUUAAAACGCACACAUUUUGUAUUUAGCAAGCUUCAACAAAGGAUUUUGUCUGAACUGAAAUGGUUUCCAAAGGCUCUCUAAAAUGGCCCCUGGUUAUCCUUUUUCCUGUCUGAGCAGGAAGUGAUGCAAUUGGUGCAACCCCAAUUUAUAUACUUUUAAACCUCUCAGUAUUGGUACUUUUUUUACGAAGUUGGAAGUAAAGGUCUCAACCUCAGGUAUUGGGCUUUAAAUGACCGUUAAGUUUAUAUAUAAAAGCACAUUUUAAAUGUAUUAAAAGGGGUGGGACUUAAACAUCACCUGAGUGUGGGGGUAAAUGGAAAUAACGUCAAUCAAAGGCGAAGCUUUCAGAGCUAGGAAGGAGCUCUAGAUGGCGGCUGAGCCUUGGGAAGGGUGCCAUGGGCUUUCGUCAGACCGUUUCUCUCGGCCGUUUUUCGACGGAGACCGCUCGAUUCUGACAAAAAAUUAAAGUGCUGUUCAUACGAUCGGUGUUUUAUCGCGUAUUUGGGCGUUUUCGCGUGUUUUUUGGGCCGUUUUGUCGAGCUGAACGAGCCGUGUGCAGAGGGAGCUGCUCGUCGUUGUUUUCCAGACUGAGCUCUGGCAGCCAUGGCGCCUCCAUCUUUACUGAGCGGCUCUCUGUCGUUCUCAGCCUGACAGCAGAGACUUUAAAGGCCUUAAAGCUUUUACGAACCAAAGCUUAUUUUUGUUUUAUUUCUAAUUUAUUGUUUAGUUAUUCUUUUUUUCACAGCUUGCUGUUUUUAUUCGAGUCGGAUAAAAAAAAAAACCGAUUGAAUCUAAUAGUUCAUUUAUAGGUUACAGCCUUUCUUCACAUUGAAUCGGUCUGUUUACAUUGUGUAGUUUAUAAUUAACGGAUUUGUUUCGUCCUUAAAUGUUGCUUUUCUAACCCCUUCGUGUGAUGACGCAGUUAUAAUUAAUUGCAUGCGGCUUGAUCCGUGUAUUGAAGGACUCACGUCGGAUAUUAAGCCUAUUAUAGCAGCAUUUCUCAUAUUUCUUAGCUGUAUUUUAAAUUAGCGAUACAAGUAAUAAUACUCAAAUCUUUGGAUUUAAUGCCCUUUUCUUACUCGUGUCGCACCGCCUGCGGUUUUUACUGCCACUGGAGCACAGGCUGUCUUGUGGGACUUUUAUGAUAGUUCCUGCUUGCUCUAACUUUUUGACAGUAAAUACCAGGACUAAAGAUCAUCCUACCAAAAAGGUUUUCAGGAUACUACCAUGAUGAAGAAUAAAAGUAAAAAACAAGAAGAGGAAGCAUCGACUCAAAGCAAUGCAUCAAGCAACUCGGCCUCAGAGGAAUCCAACCGCUCUGCGUCGGAGUCGGCGAGUCAGUCGGAGAGCGAGCAUGGCAGUGAGAGGAGGAGAUCCCACAACUCCGAGUCCAACAGCUCCUCAGAGUCACAGGGUCACUCGGAGUCCGAGAGCGAGUCUGCAGAGUCCAAAUCACAGCAAACCACAGCAGGAGUGAAAGACAAGCCAGUUAGAAAGAAGGAGCGACUGGCAGAUGUGAAGAAGAUGUGGGACGAACAUCCAGAUGUAUAUGGAGUCAGGAGGUCAAACCGCAGUAGACAGGAGCCGGCUCGUUUAAACAUCGGCGCUGGGGGGAGCAGUGACUCUGAGAGUGAGAGUCCCAAGAGAAAAUCCCGAGUUAAAAAAAAAGAAAAUAUCUGGAACUCAAAUGAUGAAGACGAGGAGGAGGAGGAGGAGGAGGCUUCCGACAGUACAGACAGUGAGCAGGAAGAGAAAAAAGUUAGAUCCAGACGACUUCCUGCUAGAAGACCUCAGACCAAAUCAUCAAGCAACAAAAAACUGUCUCAAAAAAGCAGGAAAUCCAGGAAACAGGACUCCUCUGCUGAAGACGACGACGACGAUGAUGAUGAUGAUGAUGAUGAUGAAGAUGACGACGACGAAGAUGACGAUGACACUCCAAAGAGACAGACUCGAAAAAGGGGUGCAACAAAAGUCAAAAGUUACAAAGAGGACCAACAUGACUUUGAAACGGACUCUGAUGACCUGAUUGAAAUGACGGGGGACGCAGGCGAGGAGGAGCAGGAUGACGACAGCGAGACCAUUGAGAAGAUUAUGGACACCAGGACGGGCAAAAAAGGAGCCACCGGGGCCACCACUACUGGGUAUUCCGUGCAGGAAAACGGGGACCCGAAUGAAGGCUUUGACCCCGAGAGCGAUGAAGGGGAGACUCACUAUCUGAUCAAGUGGAAGGGCUGGUCCUACAUCCACAACACGUGGGAGAGCAUGGACACUCUGCUGCAGCAGAAGGUCAAGGGACUAAAGAAAAUGGACAACUACAAAAAGAAACAAGAUGAGCUCAAUUCAUGGUUGAGCAGAGUGUCUCCUGAGGAUGUAGAGUUUCAUAACUGCCAAAUGGAGCUCAUAUAUGACUUGAACAAGCAGUUUCAGAUUGUGGAGCGCAUUAUCGCAACAAAAACAGGGAAGACACCAGGAUCCACUGAGUUCCCCUCUCACAGUCACAAGACGUCCUCCAAUGAGCCGGAGUAUCUAUGCAAGUGGAUGGGCUUGCCCUAUUCAGAGUGCAGCUGGGAGGAUGGAGCCCUGGUUGGAAGGAAGUUCCAGCACUGUAUCGACAGCUUCAAGAACCGAAUCUCCAGUAAAUCCGUCCCCUCGAAAGACUGCAAGGUGUUAAAGCAAAGACCGAGGUUCGCUCCUCUGAAGGAGCAACCGCCGUAUAUUGGAGAUGAUAACCUUCAACUGAGAGAUUAUCAGCUGGAUGGGGUGAACUGGUUGGCCCACUCCUGGUGCAGGUGCAAUAGCGUUAUCCUCGCUGAUGAGAUGGGGCUGGGAAAGACCAUCCAGACCAUCUCCUUCCUGUCGUACCUGUUUAACCAGCAUCAGAUGUACGGACCCUUCUUAGUGGUGGUGCCUCUGUCCACGCUCAGCUCCUGGCAGAGGGAGUUUGAAACCUGGGCUCCUCACAUGAACGUGGUGGUCUACCUCGGUGACGUCAUGAGCAGGAAAUCGAUCCGUGACUACGAGUGGGUCAACCAUCAAACGAAAAGAAUCCGUUUCAAUGCACUGUUAACCACUUAUGAAAUUCUGCUCAAAGACAAGGGGGUGCUUGGGAACAUCAACUGGGCGUUUCUGGGUGUGGAUGAAGCUCACAGGCUGAAGAAUGACGACUCCCUGCUGUACAAAUCAUUAAUGGAGUUCAGGUCUAACCACAGGCUCCUCAUUACCGGCACGCCGCUGCAGAACUCCCUCAAAGAGCUCUGGUCACUGUUGCACUUCCUCAUGCCUGACAAGUUUGAUUCCUGGGAGGAUUUUGACGAUGUACACGGGAAAGGAAGUGACAACGGUUAUCAGAGUCUUCACAAAGUCCUCGAGCCCUUCCUUCUGCGACGUGUUAAGAAAGACGUGGAGAAAUCUCUCCCUGCCAAAGUAGAGCAGAUUCUCCGUGUAGACAUGACUGCACAGCAAAAACAGUUCUACAAGUGGAUUUUAAUGAGGAACUAUCGAGCUCUUUUCAAAGGCACCCGAGGCAGCUCCUCUGGCUUCCUGAACAUCGUUAUGGAGCUUAAAAAAUGCUGCAACCACAGUUUCCUCAUUAAACAGCCUGAGGAUGUAGACGGUGAAACACAACAGGAACACCUGCAGAGUGUAGUGCGGGGCAGUGGGAAGCUGGUGCUGCUGGACAAGCUGCUGACCAGACUCCGAGAAAGAGGCAACCGAGUCCUGAUCUUCUCCCAGAUGGUCAGGAUGUUGGACAUUCUGGCUGAAUACCUCGCCAAGAAUCGCUACCCGUUCCAGCGGCUGGAUGGUUCCAUAAAGGGAGAAAUACGAAAGCAAGCCCUUGACCACUUUAAUGCAGAAGGCUCAGAGGACUUCUGCUUCCUGUUGUCCACCAGAGCUGGAGGUUUAGGGAUAAACUUGGCCUCAGCGGACACCGUCGUCAUCUUUGACUCUGACUGGAACCCUCAAAACGACCUGCAGGCACAAGCCAGGGCUCACAGGAUUGGCCAGAAGAAACAGGUGAAUAUUUAUCGACUGGUCACCAAAGGGACAGUGGAGGAGGACAUCAUUGAGAGGGCAAAGAAGAAGAUGGUUUUGGACCAUCUUGUCAUCCAGAGGAUGGACACCACUGGUCGAACUGUACUUGACAGCAACUCGGACACAAACACAAAUUCAAACCCAUUCAACAAAGAAGAACUGACCGCCAUCCUCAAGUUUGGUGCAGAGGAGCUCUUCAAAGAGGCAGAAGGAGAGGAGUCUGAACCGCAGGAGAUGGAUAUUGAGGAGAUCCUGAGGUUGGCUGAAACAAGAGAAAGUGACCAGGGCUCAAGUGCGACGGAUGAACUUCUAUCUCAGUUUAAGGUAGCCAAUUUCUCGAGCAUGGAGGAGAGCGUUCCAGAGUUUGCAGACCGGCCCAUACGGGAAUGGGAUGACAUCAUCCCCGAAGAGCAGCGACGCAAAGUUGAGGAGGAGGAGAAGCAGCGGGAGAUGGACGACAUCUUCAUGCUGCCCAGAAGCAGAAGCUCUAACAAGAGGGCUCGGGCCAAUGAUAGCGACAGCGAUGUGGGAUCCAAGCUGAAGAACCGCUCCUCAGGCUCUGAAAGUGAGACUGAUGACAGUGAUGACGACAGGAAGCCCAAGAAGAGAGGCAGACCCAGAGCCCGCAAAAACAAUGUGGAGGGUUUCACUGAUGCAGAGAUCCGCAGGUUCAUUAAGGCAUACAAGAAAUUUGGAUCUCCACUCGAAAGGUUGGAGGCCAUUGCCCGAGACUCUGAGCUGGUUGACAAAUCCAUUGCAGACCUGAAGAGACUCGGUGAACUGAUUCAUACUAGUUGUGUGACUGCAGUGCAGGAGCACGAGGAGCACCUUAAAGAGAACCCAGUUGAAGCUAAAGGUCCUGGGAAGCGGCGAGGAAUUAACAUCAAGAUCUCGGGAGUGCAGGUCAAUGCCAAGUCCAUCAUCCAGCACGAGGAAGAGUUUGAGCCCCUGCACAAAGUGGUGCCCUCCAAUCCUGCCGAGAGAAAUAAGUUCAAUCUGACAUGCAGAGUCAAGGUAGCCCACUUUGAUGUAGACUGGGAACUGCAGGAUGACGUCCAGCUCCUGCUUGGUAUCUAUGAGCACGGCUUUGGCAACUGGGAUCUGAUCAAGACGGAUCCUGACCUUAAACUCGCUGACAAGAUUCUCCCCGACGAUCCAAGCAAGAAGCCUCAGGCAAAGCAGUUGCAGGCGAGAGCCGAGCAUCUCCUCAAGCUGCUGAAAAAAGAACAAGACAACGCAGACCUGUCUAAAGCAGGGGAGGAGGUCAAAGUGAAGAAGAGGAAGCCUCGGGUGAAAAAGGAGAACAAGAUCCUCAAGGAUGAGCAGGGCAACGACAUCUCCUCCCCCCGCCUGUCCGACAACCCGUCAGAGGAGGGCGAGGAUGAUGGAACAGAGAAGUCCCCCGCCAAGAAAAGACAAAAGAAGAAGGACAACAAAGAGAACAAAGAAAAACAGGGAACUCCUAAAAAGGAGAAGGACGGGGACAAAGAGAAAAAGGGUGCCAAGCCCAGAAAAGAGAAGGCUAAAGCAGUCAAAGGGAAGAAGACUCAAGGUCCAGUUCACAUAACGGCUGGGUCAGACCCCGUUCCCAUUGAAGGAAACGACGAUGAUGAACUCGACCAGGACACUUUCAGCGAAUGUAAGGAGCGCAUGAGGCCGGUGAAAAAGGCCCUGAAGCAGCUGGAUAAACCAGAUGAGGGUCUGUCUGACCAGGAGCAGCUCCAGCACACCCGCACAUGCCUCCUGAAGAUUGGAGACCGAAUCACAGAGUGCCUUAAAGCCUACAGUGACCCUGAACAUGUCAAAAUAUGGCGGAGAAACCUCUGGAUUUUUGUGUCCAAGUUUACGGAGUUUGGUGCCAGGAAGCUCCACAAGCUUUACAAAAUGGCGCAGAAGAAGCGAUCGCACGAGGAAGAGAAGGAGCAGAAGAAGAAGGAGGAUUCUGGAGGGAGGUCGAAAAACUUCCGACCAGAGCCCUGUGGUUCCAGUAGAGACUCCACGGGCACGCAGUCGUCCUCGAAACCUGGAUCUCACUCGUCUCAGACGGGCCCCCACGGACACCACAGAGAGUCGUACAACUCGGCUAAUAAGCGACACUUUGGCAAUGAUGAUAGAGGAGACUGGCAGAGGGACCGUAAAUACAAUUACCCAAGUAACAGCAACCAGUCGUGGCAGGGAGACCGACAUCACCCGUACGAUCGCUACAAGGAUCACUACGGUGAUCGACGACCUCACGGAGACUCGUACCGCAGCUCAGGCGGUUACCGCAACGACGGCUCGCCUCGGAAAAGGCCGUACGAGCAGUACAACAACGACCGGGACCACCGGGGCCACAGGCCCUAUUAUGACAGGCAUUCAGAUCCCAAAAGAAGGCGUCCUGAUGAAUUCCGUCCCAACUACCACCAGGGCAGAGAAGGCCCUCUGCAGGACUUCCGGAGGAUGCCAGAGCAGAGGCCAACAGGUCCACCUGGACCAGAGCACUAUAGCCGGCCCUUCCACCCCGACAAGCCUCCCCCGCUGCUGGACCCUCGCUCCCCGCAGGCUCAGAAGUCUCCCCAGGACUCCCGCUCUCCACCAGAGCGGCCCGCAGAGCCCAAUGCCACGGCAGAUCCCAACUGGAACAACAGGAAAACAUAAAAGGAUGCCAAUGCUGCUGAUGGAGUCUGGACUCGCCAAUCAUAAGCUCAACAUGUACCCUCUUUACCAGCAAAGCUGUUUUGCUCUUUACCCCC